AUUCAGACAGUCUUAACUAACUAAAUUGCUUUUCUAUUUAUUUUGCUAAACCUCAACAUGUUUUUUUCAUCCUAUUGGUUCUUGGGGUUUCCCCUUGUGAUGUAUUACGUGGAAAAUGACUGUAGCUAAAUCAGAAAUCUAGGGCAAGCCGUAUGCAGCAGCUUCCCUUUGUAGAUUAUACAGACAUGUGUUCUUUAUGGAGAGACAAAGACAGGAACGGCAAAGCACAUUGUAAGGCAGUGAGCGGCUGGUUUGAAAAAUAAGUGCGUCUUUGGCUUCACCCAAGAAUCUGCGAUAUCUGCGUGACAAUCUGAUUCCUAACAACAAUGCUGGGUUUGGAAUUCCUUGUCAAUGGAUCUGGAUCUCAAGAGACAGUCUUGCCAGUGCCAUGUGGUGUGCCAGGACAUGUCCAAGUGCUCCUAAUGACCUUUGGAGAUAACCAAGUGAUAGAGGCGAACGCAGAAUGGAGUCAUUCAGCCGCAGGUUUGCAGUGGUGAUGGGCAUGACUGUGCUGCUUUACUGGAACAGCGGAGGAUGUUCUGGGUUGGUGUGUCGUGGAAUCCUCUGGGUAGAGCCCACUCCAGUCUUUAGCAUGGGAUCCAGUGUUUCAGUCGUCUGCACUUCAUCCAUUGAGAACUGUCACCCUGAAAAGUUUUCAGUGUACCUCAAUAACAACCCACAGCCCUCUCUUCACCACCUCAAUCAUUCUGCUGUGGAGCUGCAGCUUCACAUCACCAUACCCCACUCAGCCAUUCGCUGUCACGUCAAAUGCAAAGGACAACGGGGGCAGCAGAUGGUUUGUGGAAAGGAUAUUAAAGGAGGAUAUCCUCCAGAUAACCCUACAAAUUUUACCUGUAUUAGUAAAUGGAAUUCAAAUACGAUCAGUUGCACCUGGAAGAAAGGAAAAGCCACCUAUAUAAACACCAGCUACAUUGUGGAAUUCCAAAGUAGUGAGAGAAUUCAGACGUUUUCUCCUCAAAGGGAGGGAUAUGUUCUGAUCCCUCUCUCUCACUUUGAGUUGGCGGCGGAGUACAACGUCUCUGUGCGUGCCAGAAAUCACCUGGGACAAUCGCAGUCGGCCAUAAUACAACUAACAAUUAACGACGUAGUAAUACCUGACACCCCCACAAUCACCAAUAUUACUUUUGUCAACGGCUCCCACAAAGAGGCUGUCCUUCAAUGGAACAAAUCAGUGCAGCUUUGUGCUGAGGUUAGAUACAGAGCAGCUGUCAAUGUCUGGACUAUGGUUGAAGAAAAAGAGACUUCUUGUGAAAACAGCACAUUUGAACUGCGUGGCUUGAAGCCCUUCACUCAAUAUGAGUUUCAGAUCCGCAGCUGCAAAACAAAUGAAAAACUGAAGUGCAGUGGCUGGAGCCCAUCUUUCUUGGAGAGGACCCCAGAAGCAGAGCCUUGUAGAAGAGUGGAUGUGUGGAGAAUAAUGGGCCCGACUCACAGCAAUGGCAGCCGGACUGUAACCAUACUCUGGAAGCCUCUUGCUCCCAAAUAUUCCAGAGGGAUUAUUUUGGGAUAUGAAGUGUUUUACAGAGAGUAUGGAAAGCAACGCCAUAGCCAUUUGUGUCAACCAAACAAGACGCAGUGCCAGAUUACACUACCAAAACACACAAAGAUGCUUUAUAUCACCGCCCUCAACUCAAAGGGCAGUUCAGAGGCUGCUCAGCUUAGCAUUGGCCAGAAAGAAUUUGCACCACCCAUUAUUACUAAAUUGGUAUCAGCAGAUAGUUCUAGAAUUUUGUUGGCGUGGAAAGCACCCAGCCAGACAAAGGGAUCAGUGCUCUGGUACAUAGCAGAGUGGCACAGGCAUGAUGGAAGCAUGAGGUGGAAAAAAGUUACUUGCUUGCAGAACUCCACAUACAUUGAAGCUAAGGUCUCAGGAUCUCGUUACCACAUUUCAUUGUAUGCAAUUUAUUCAAAUGGAGAAAGUAAACCAGCAACAGCUGAAGCAUAUUCCAAGGAGUUGGAACCAAGAGCCGGUCCAAAGGUUUCAGUUGUUGAAACUCAAAAGAAACGAGCACUUAUCAAGUGGGAAGACAUUCCUGUACAUCUUCAGAGAGGAUUUAUCAAAACCUACACGAUAUACCUGAAGAAAGGCACUGAUGAAACAUACUUUAGAAAUGUUUCAGUUGCAUUAAGGCAGUACUGGCUGGAGAGUCUGGAGCCAGCGGCCCUUUACACUGUUUACAUGACAGCGUGGAAUUCCGCUGGGAAAGGAGCAAAAGGGGAGGAGAUCAUACUCAAACUGGCAGAGGGCUAUGAUUUCACCAUUCUCAUGGUUAUUGUUGUCGUGGUAACCUCCUCAAUAGCCAUUCCACUAAUAGUGAUGUUUUGCAAUUCUAUCAGACACAGAAUCAAGAGAAUAUUCAUCUUAUGGGUACCAGAAUGGGUUUUUGAGGAAUUCCCUAGAGUUGAGAACAGUAGUGUGGUGAAGCUAUUGCAGGAGAAAUACAGGACUGACUCAGACUCUUUGUGGCUCUCCUUACUCAGCGACCCUCCAGUAACAGAAGUGGAGGAAACGAUUUUCUUCUCAGAAGAGGUGGCUGCAUUACCUUCUCUCCUUGUUGAUGACACAUACGCAGAGGGAAUUGAAUGGCAAUGUGCAGGAAAGCCAGAGGCUGAAGGCACUCCCAGCGAACAUCAUGGAUACCAACCGCAGGUAUCAAACCAGGGAGAAGAUCAAUUAUUUAACAGUGUAGAAACCUUUCAGCCUGAAUUACUCAAUACAAGUUCUCCAGCAGACUGUGGUAUAUUUACAAUGCUGUUGAAUGGGACUUUUGACAUUUCAAGCAGGAGUUUGCUUCCAAGUGGAGAUAUAAAUGUGACCUUUGGUGGCAAAUCGCAAAUCAUCGACUUAACCGGCUUCCGUGGGAAGAGAGAGAGGGUAGAGUUUAAUGAGAGGCAUGACUUUCCAACAGAAGACUCAGACCAGGGUCAAACAUUGCUGCCAGAUGCACUGGUGGACUGUCUGAGACAUUCAACACAGGAACCUGUUGCUGUGAACUCUUAUUUCCCUCAACUUGUUGUUCGUCCGGUCACAGAAGGAGACUGCUGAGGUGUUUGCAAAGCUGCUGCUAUGUACGCAAACAGUGAAACUAUAUAUCUUCUGCAACUCACAACUGAGCAACCUGCUGCAAUACAUAACUGACUGAUACUGUAACUAACCAAAAGAGGUUAAAGGACUCGGGGAACAUACAUUUCAUCUAAACACUGAGAAAAUAACGAAAGAGAAAAGCCAAUAGCUGCAGAAAAAGCUACAGUUACUGCACAAGACCUCCCAUAUUUCACUACCUGAUUUUCACAUCACGAAACUGUGGAUUAGUAAAGGAUCCUUACAGAGUUGUACAUGUUUUGAAUCAGAGGAAUAACAAUCUUUUGUCAGUUGCAGAUGGUUUGUAGGCAGUUUGACUUUUAAGCAUUAAUUGUGAAUUUUACACUAAGUAGAAUAUUAUGUUAGAAUAAUUAUAUAACAUUCAGUUAUUUCAUGAGGCACAAUGAUGUUGUCUCGACUUAUUAUAUAUCAAGGUUUAAUGUUUUUGAAAUACACCCAGAGUUUCUUUAUGCCUUUAACUCUGAACAAGGGGUGGUGUAUGAUUGCAUUUAUGUGAUAUUGUUUAUUAAUAUGAUAAUGAGUUUGUAUUCUCUGUAAUAGCUGUUCUAUUUUGAUAUAUGCAUGUUUUUAUUCAAAUUGAUAUGUAACCAGUGGCAGAUGGUGGCCAAAAAAUGUGGAGGCAGAAAAUAAGGCGGAGGAAUUGGGGGUCCCCUUAAGCCCCCAACAGCAGUAGAAUCAAAUUCUUACAUUCUGACUGAACACGUUAUUUCUUUCUUGAUCUCUUCUAGUAAAGGAAAUGGAUGAAAUGAAGUCUGGUUUUUGACAUCCUAGUAAAUCCAGACUUGCACUGGUAUCUGCAGCUUUCUGGACAAAGGGCUCUCUCAAGCUGAAUGGUUACAUGAAUUCAUAUGUUCUAAUUGAAUGAUGUAUUAACAAUGACUGUCACCAACGGUGCAUAUUGAAAGCAUCUUGAGCUAGCUAGCAGUGAAGGUCUGUUGGCACCUGUGAAUGAAAACAAACUGCAUGGUUUUCCUUCCUGUGUAGUUAACAAGUCUUGACAGCUGUUUCCUUAGACUUCACACGCUGAUAAUAUGUGUGUAUGUGCAGCUAAAACCUAGAAGGCUCUAAAUAAUAUACUCAUCAAGUGGAAUAAGAACUUUCGUCUAGAACUUUGGUGCGUGACCAAAACCAGAAGAUAAUUAAUUAUAUUUCAAAGAACAUCAAUACAUAAAGUGAAUAGGAGCGAUAAAUGCGAUGGCUUUUCAUCCGUGUUUGUCACUGAUGAAUAACAUUCUAUGAUUAUAAAAGGUGAGGGUCUAGUUUUAAUAAGCUAAACCGUGUGUGAUAUAAAUACUGCCAACCUGUAGCUUUAUCAAUCCUGGUAGCGUUAUCCAACAGGAGUGAUUCAUAAACAUCACUAAAGACAAGUUUCACCAAAGAAAUGCAAGUGCAGUGCCCUCUGAUAACAUGUCGAUUUUUAAAUAAGCAUGAAACUAGAAUUAGUCCUAAUGCAAACGGACACAAGCUUUGUAAAAGGUGUGAUCUAAUGAAGCAUGGUUUCCUGUGUGAAGUGUGUGUGCAUUACUGGUAAACACUUCUGAACAUGAUAAAAAACAACAGUUUAAAACACACACACUCAUAGCGACAAAGUUCUGCUCUCUUCACUGUGCAGAUAUUUUGGCUAUUCCUUCCAUUUUAUUUUUCACAUUGAUUUAUAAUACCAAGUUUUUUUUAUGUUUUUUGCACAUAGAUAAGAGUCGGCACUUCUGAACUAGUGUAAUCAGCAUUAGAGAGUUAGACAAUUAGACUAUAAUGUUGCUCAUCAUAGACUUCACUGUAUUGUGAAUAUGAUAUGUAC